UCUCUUGCCAUUGCUGCUGCUAGUAGUCCCUGUGGCCUUUGUAUCUUCUCUCUGGGCUUCGCCGCUAUCAGCAACGAUAUCCUGUCCCAGACGUUUUUGGCCUUUGAAACCCCCCCUUCUCCAUGCGCAAAAAGGUCACUACAGCAGCCAUGGCCGAUGCAGGUGAUAGCAAAUCGAUAGUACCGUCGCGUUCGGGGUCGAACGUUCAAUCGCAAGAUAGUGAAUUUAUUCGAUCUGUGAAGCGCCUUGGUCGCACGGCCCGCAGCACUGCACAGGCUCUCCAUGCCAGCAUCUACCUGCAGAGAAGUCCUUCGGUCAUAGCAGAGCUGAUACCGGAAAUCUAUACUCUUGGUGCGAUCUUGUCUAGCCUCGAAGGUGAUCUGCUGCUCGUGAGUGCUUUGAAAGCAGCGGACCAGGAGCACAUGUGGGCCAGCGAGCAUCACAACAGCCUGACACGUUCGAUCAAAGAAUGCGAUGAUAUUCUAAUGGCCACCUUUCGUGCAGUCAUCGGGGCUGACGAACAGUCCCGCAUGUCGACAAGUUCGAAAAGAACAGAUGACUACAUUGAUGAUGUCCAGCUCGAUGAUGGGCCUCAGGUGUCGGAUACCAUUGUGAGGUGCUCCCACCUUGUGCACAAAACGAAGGUCGUUGUUCGACAUACUGCUCUAUCUCGAGUCGAGAGCCUUAACGAGGAAGAGAUCCAGGAACUAUUCCGGCUCACUCGAUCACUCCAACAUCCUGAUUUUGAUGCCAUAUGGGCACUCAAAAAUGAGCCGUUCGCAUCGAAGCACAUGCAGCUGUUCACUAUUCCAUCAUUCAUACCUUCUGCGACGCCCGUUGGUCUUCCUGAAGAUGCGCAAGCAAAAACAUCAAAUACACCAGAUCCAUCUCCCAAAUCCAAGAACCCCAUACCGAAAGAAGAUAUCCUUCCUAUCUGGGCUUACAAUCAAUGGCCCCCCUUUGGCAAUUACCAACACCCAGCGUAUCUUGCCGCCACAGCAAGAGGACAAUACAAAGACAACAACAGCCAUCCUGGUGAAGGUCAUUCCCGAUUAGUAUAUGGCUCGACUUUAAGAACUACUACCGCAUCGACCCGGAGCAUCAAGCCAUUUACCUCGUCAGACUCCGACUCGAAGGUAAAGACUGGAAAGACGAAGCCAGGAGAGGCGUCUUUUGGCGAGCCCAGCGUCAUCAAACCCCCUCCUGACAGCUCUCUUUUAGCGAAUAUAUCAUCUUCUUCCGCAUAUACUACCUAUAGUCAGCCACAGGCGAAUCCGUCCACUCCCACACCACGCCUGGAGGCCUAUAUCCUCCGCCCAACAGUCCAAACAACCGAAUUCACAAGUACGCUGUCGUAUGGAGACGAGCCACUACGACUCAGCGAAGAACACAUGCAGGCUCGAAUUCGCAGCUUAGAAUCUAACUACUCGAUCAUGGACGUGCUUCUCGAUCUUCAUCCCCAGCAGUUGCACUUGAUGCAGUGCCGGGCUGCACAGCGUCACGGACAUAUAGUCUCUGUACAACACGGCAAGACUGUCAGCCUGGAGACUGUCAUGGGCUCUUUGCAAGUUAAGCCUACAGUCUACGUUGUCUCGACAACGACAGUGCUCCCGCAGAAGAGCACCGAUAUUUCGUACUCGACAGUCGUGACCGAAAAGUCGGCCACGUCGUCAGCCACAUCUGGCUCUACAUAUAUCUGCGGAGACCUCUUUCAACCCAAAAUUGCACCUGCCGGACCACCACUUGAAAAGGGUCUCUUCCAGAAUCUCACUCCAGCAUCAGUCCCAGGACCGGGAACGACCAACUCUUACUUACUUCCUGGUUCUGGACCUACAGGCUACCUUUCAUCACCUGUAGCAUACUCACGCCACCUUCAGGAGAGAGGCGAGACGUGCACUUACGUCGGAGAUACUGAACGCAAGGGCGCGUAUCAGCACUAUCAGACCAUCACAGCAAACAAAGAAUGGAACGGCAAAGAUCAGUCGCUUGAGGAGAUCAGACUCGUGGACUACAAUGCUGGACGCACGGGUAGAGGACUAUUUGCAGGCCUCAAUCAAAACACUGGUCGCUCAGCACCACCACCUACCGAAGCAAACGCGUUGAAGUCUGAAUGGCUCCCAGAGCCUCCCUCUAUAGACGACGUUACUUAUUUCAAGUCUGGAGAUGACGGCUUCUUUCCCAAAUCCCAAUCUCCCCCCAGCAAGUUCCCCGGAUUUUCAGUGGAUAACUCGGGGCAAGCACCCGUGUUCAGCAAAUUGAGUGCGUGGGCAGCCUCAUUACCCGAAAAGACCCACGCAAGACCUAGCUCAGGCACUGACUUGCUCAAAGGACUAGCUAUGGUCUCAACGGGUGCUAGUUCUAACCCGUUUGGACACUUUGGAUCAAAUAUGCAACCUUUUGUACCACCCCAAGCGACUCAGCCGAUUGUUUCUGCCUCUGAUGCCACCGCUAUGAGACAGCCAUUGUUUGGUAACAUUGGCCCACCUAUUGCUACUGAGAAGCCACCGGUCUCUUCUGGAUUCGGCGAAUUUGCUGGCGCCUCAUUGGAAAGCCCGUUCGCAGCUUUCGCAAACAAGCAUCCCGCUAUUCAGCAUCCUUUUGGGCUGAUUGCUUCGAGCGGCUCAGACAACUAACCGUUUGAGCAAGUGGGCGAUAGCAAGUCGUCUACUUCACCCGUUGUCAGCCAAUUCUCCCAAAGUGGACCCAGAAAUGCCCCUCAAACUAAGCAUCAGACACCAUGUGUUCUCUUU